CCACCUGCACGUCAGUCUGCACAAUUGCCUGCUGCCGGUUAGAGGUGUUUACACUAGGAGUGAACUAAGUAUUAUGGAUGCACAAGGAAACAAAGGUCCGGAAGUGACUGACUAUAUCGACCACUCCAUGAUGGAGGCGGCCCUGAAGAGGUAUUUGUCGUGUGACACCAUCACGGUGGAGUCCAUCGUGGUGGAACCGGCGAACAAGGCUGGAGCCGGCUACGGCAGCCAGAUGUCCAGGGUGAGGGUCGCCUUCAGGAAGGGUGAAGGAGAGGCGGCUCAGCAGCUGCCUUUGAUCGUGAAGGCCACACUUAGCGCGGCGGAGUGGGAGCAUAUGGGGCAGUGGUACGUGUUCAAGACGGAGGCGCUGGUGCUGGCCGAGGUGAUGCCCACAGCGCACGAGGCUCUGAAACGGGUGGAAGGCGCGUCUUUCCGGCCACUGACGGCCAUGUGCCUGCACCACGGCGCCACACCCAGGGCCUUCCUCGUGCUGGACGACCUCGUAGCUGCCGGCUAUCGAUUGGCGGACUCCGAUCGACCUCUCGACUACCAGCACUGCGAGGUGGUGAUGCGAGCGUACGCGCGCCUCCACGCCGGCACUGCCUACGCGCUCAGCAAGCGCCCCGACUACGGCGUCCAACUCGAUAUGGAUUACUUCACCGCCGACAACGCGGAGUUUAUGCUGCGGUCGAUUACGCAGUGUAUGUUUUCUGCUCUCGCCGAUUUCGUGACGAGAGUUCCCAACUAUGAACACUACGCCGCCAAGUAUUUGGGACUCGCAGAUACCUUGUUGCCACUAAUGAGAAAGGCAUUGAAGAAGAAAGUUCAAGAUACUAAACUCAAGGUGCUGGUUCAUGGUGACUGCUGGAAGAACAACAUGAUGUUCAAGUACUCAUCAGGGGAGGUUGUUGAUGUACGCUUCGUAGAUUUUCAGCUAACGCACGUGUCCAGCCCUGCACGCGACCUGGUGUACUUCCUGUACGCGAACGCUGUCGUGGACGUGCACGAGCGCCUGCCUUCGCUGCUGGAGACCUACCACUCACAGCUGCAGGCGUCGCUGCGUGCUCUGGGAAUGGCAGCUGCGGCGGACGCCUACCCGCUGGACGAACUGCUCAAGGACAUGGAGGACCUGAACUACUUCGCCCUGUACAACUCCUCCUGCAGUGGUUUCACACUCUCCUCACAUCGCGUCGGGGAGAAGUUCUCGCAAGCUAUGCGGGACCUUAAUUUUCAGCCAGACGCAUUCUACGGCAUGUAUGACAACGAGUACUCCGGGCCCUACGUGCAGUACGUCAUACGUCGCUUCGAGAGUAAGGGGCUCCUGCUGUCCCACCACGGUAGUCACGGCGAGCAAUCAGAUCCAACGACCGUUUCGUCCACCGGCUUCUGCCCGCUGCUUGUUGCCCGCUCGCUCUCCACCACCAGACUCCUCGUCCGCUACCUCUUCUCUCCACCUGACCUCGCGGUGAUGUCUGUAUCGCUUCGCCUGUGCCGCAGCGCCGCCAAGGUGUUGUUCAGCCACCACUGCACCGCCGGUGGCACGGACUGCAACAGCCGCUUUCACCGGGUAUUUAUGCCGUGCACGUUGUUCUCCGGCGCAGAUAUCUCUGCAACAUCUGACGGUGAUAAGGCGCUCCUCCCGAUAAAGGCAUCUGCAGGCAACAACCGAUUAUGUACAUCUGAGCGCCAGUCUGCGCAAUUGCCUGUCGCUGUUUUGGUGUUUCAGGUCGGAGUGAAUUUACUGAGAACGAUGGAUGCGCCAGGAAGCAGUGGUCCGGAAGUGACUGACUAUAUCGACCACUCUAUGGUGGAGGCGGCCCUGAAGAGACAUUUCUCGUGUGACACCAUCACGGUGGAGUCCAUCGUGGUGGAGCCGGCGAACAAGGUCGGCGCCGGCUACAGCAGCCAGAUGUCCAGGGUGACGGUCGCCUUCAGGAAGGGCGAGGAAGAGGCGACUCAGCAGCUGCCGUUGAUCGUGAAGGCCGACCAUAGCAGAGUGGGGGCGCAGCAGCAGGUCCGUAAGUGGGACGUAUUCAAGACGGAGGCGCUGGUGCUGGGCGAGGUGAUGUCCACAGCGCACGAGGCUCUGCAGCGGGUGGAGGGCACGUCUUUCCGGCCACUGGCGGCCACGUGUCUGCACCACGGCGCCACACCAAGGGCCUUCCUCGUGCUGGACGACCUGGUGGCCGCUGGCUAUCGACUGGCGGACGCAGAUCGACCUCUCGACUACCAGCACUGCGAGGUGGUGAUGCGAGCGUACGCGCGCCUCCAUGCUGGUACAGCCUACGUGCUCAGCAAGCUCCCAAAUUGCGGUGCCCAACUCCAUGUCGAUUACUUCAGCGCUGAGGACAUAGAGUUUAUUCUGCGGCCGAUGAUGCAAAGUACGUUUUCCGCUGUUGCCGAUUUCGUGAAAAGAAUUCCUAGCUAUGAACACUGUGCAGACAAGUAUAUGGAGCUCACAGAUACAUUACUGCCACUGAUGAGAAAGACGUUGAAGAAAAAAGUACAAGAUACUAAGCUGAAGGUACUGGUUCAUGGUGACUGCUGGAAGAACAACAUGAUGUUCAAGUACUCAUCAGGGGAGGUUGUUGAUGUGCGGUUCGUCGAUUUUCAGAUGACACACGUGUCCAGCCCUGCCCGAGACCUGGCAUACUUCCUGUACGCGAACACCGGCCUGGAUGUGCACGAGCGCCUGCCUUCGCUGCUGGAGACCUACCACUCACAGCUGCAGGCGUCGCUGCGCGCGCUGGGGAUGGCAGCUGCGGCGGACGCUUACCCGCUGGACGAACUGCUCAAGGACAUGGAGGACCUGAAGCAUUUCACCCUUUACACUUCCACCUUCUGUGGUUUCGUGGUCUCCUCGGAGCGCGUCGGAGACAAAUUCACGCGAGCUCUACAGGACUUCAAUUUUCAGCAAGACACAUUGUAUGGCGUGUACGACAACGAAUACUCCCGACCAUAUAUGCAGUACAUCAUACGACACUUCGAGAGUAAGGGGCUCCUGUGA